AUGAAGAGGAAUAAGAACAACUGCAUAGGACUAAGUAACUGCUCCUUCGAGCAGUUUAAAGAGGGAAUCGACUUCCUAAAACAGACGGACGCAAUUCUGGACGAGGAUAUAUUUCCCAUUCUGAAAAGGCUCUGCUCCUACCUCUUCUUCUGCGUCAAGAAUGACAACUUCGAUUUUGUGAAAAGUUACGAAAAUGCCGAAAGGGCAGGUAAAGCGAAAGGAAGCCAAAGGGGGCAAGCAGCACAGGCAGCACAAGUUAUAUCAGCUGCGGCGACGACGCAAGUACCCCCCUGGAGGAGUGCCUCCCCCGACGGAAGUGAAACGACGCUAAACUACCAAUUUGAGGAUGAAGAUUUCAUAAUAGUAAAAAACAUAAACAAGCUGCUGCUUAACAAACUGAUAGACAACUACGUUGGCUACUCCUGGUUGUGCCUAACCCUAACGGAAUACUUAAACGAGCUGGAUUAUUUUAUGAAAAAGCAAGGGAAAAAUGAAAAAGACGAAGAAAAAAAAGAAAUAAACGCAAGAAAAAAAGUGUAUAAGUUGGUGAAGAAAAUUACACAAGGGAAGAGGAAAUACAUAUCACAGAAUUAUCACGGUGGACAACCAAAUGGAGAAGUAAAAAAAGCCAUGCACAAGUUGGAGUCGAAAAAUAAAUAUAUUAACUACCUCUUUUGCUAUUAUAACAAUUUCUUCCUUCCGUCAAAUGGCAACAAUGGGGAAAACGCCCAAGGGGAAGAUGUUAUAGUACUCGACCAAUUUGAUAAUGCGUAUUAUCGGUGGAUAUACAGCGAUGAGGAGGACCCGAAGGGCAACUUUGCGCAGGAGGAGAAUCACCCCAAGAGGGAGAACCAUCUGACGAGGGAGAACCAUCUGAAGAGGGAGAAGCGCGUCAGAAGGAGCAUCGGGGAGUCUCCCCCAAUGGAGAGAAAUGCUCACUUGAAGAGGAGGCGAAAAUGUUAUGGUGUAGAAGGGGUGGUCAGUCAUACAAAGGGACAUGGUCCCUUCCAUGAGCAUGUGAGAAUCUCCCCCGGGAAGAAUCACCCUGUUCAUUAUGAGAGAAUGUAUGACCCAAGUGAGGUGGACAGAGAACGUGCAGCCAAGCGGGAAAGAAGGCGUGAAGAGAAGCGGCAGAAACGUCGCCAGAAAAGGAGAAAGGCCCUCCAACAAAGGGGCGACUUGCAACACCUCUACAAAGCGCUGUGUGACUUUCUGUCGACAAAAUACGAAACGAGUAAGUUGCUAAAGUUCAUGGAUGAGUAUAGAGACAUGUAUGCAUGGAAGCCACCCCCCUUCUACUGGAAGAUACUGAGCAGCAAGUACGUAGUGAAGGAGAUACUAAAGUUGUAUGAGGACAGAUAUUUAGACCCCUUCCUCUCUUGCCUGUAUGAAGAUUAUGUGAACAAAUACUACUUCGACGAUGAGGAAAGCAGUAACAUAGCCACGUAUACGAGUAACUUCAAUGUAUUUACCCUUAGAGUAAGUGAAGAAAUUCAAAGAUUUCUCGUUUUGGAAGAACCAGAAGAGGAAGAAGCUGUUUUGAGGAUAUGCAAAAAUAUAUGUGUGAGCGAAAAUUCCUACAUCUAUGCGCAGAUGAUCCUUGAGUACAUGUAUAGGAACAACAACGACAACAGUAUGAGGAGGCUCUCUCAGUUUCUAUCCCUCUACAUUCUGUAUAAGGAUAUAAAUCUGCACAAAAUAUGUAACAACUACUUCGCAAAGGUUGUAGAGAAUGAAGUCAGCAUCACCUUCCUAACCUUCAGGGUGAAUAAUCUAAACAACUACAGCAGUCUAUAUAGCACCUUUAGAAAUAUAUACAUGGCAAGGAAUAAGGGUUCCAUGGAGAUAAACCAUUCGGAUAUUGUCUCUCUACAUGAUGCUAUAGUUAACGUUCUGAAAAUCUUCAAUGGGAAUAAGCUGCUUCUGUUUGACUCGACCUACUUGUUUUCUUCCCAUGGGGGGGGGCGUCACUUUAGGGGAAAAGCAACUCCUAAGAAGGAUGAUCCCGGUGGGGAGAGCACCAAUAUGAGGGGGCAUCUCACCCCCCCUGAGGAGAGAGAAGAACAUGAGGAUUUUAAUUCGAACUUUUCCAACAUCAAUAGGAGUAACCUGGAGGCGGUGUGCAGGGGUGGGGAAUUACCCACUGCUGAACAAGCACAUGACGCCUCCUCUGUAGGACCAUCUCUUCCAGGUAGUCCACCGGAGGAGGAGUCCCUUUUUUCAAAAGGAGAGGAAAUUUAUAACCCAAUGGGGGAACAUUCCAUUGGGGAAAAUUCCAUUGGAGAGGAUAGCCUCUUUGGAAGCAGUCUAGACAUUGGAAGAAAGGAAAAAGGCAACGCAGCUUAUGAUGAAGGUAGCCAAAUGAAUGACAACAGAACGAGUGUGUCCAAUGAUAGCAGCAAAAACUUGAGCAACGAAAUUUACAGCUCCAUCAAGUCGGACGAUUUUGCAUCUAAUGUGAAUUCGGAAGGUAAUGAAGUGGAGGUGAAGUCAGGAAAAACAGAAAGCGCAGAAAAGGCAGCUAGCACAGCUAGUGAAUUGCUCCUUCCGUCAGCGUCCCAAUAUGGAAACGAAGACUUCAACUACAACAAAGAAUUUCUAAGGAUAAAUAUCUAUGCGGAAAAAAUUCCUUUAAUUCAUAUGAGGGAUAUUGUCUUCCUGAACAAUGCAAUAAAUAUAUACGUCUCCAGGAGUGACCUUUUUUCCAACAACAUGUAUAAACUGUAUGGGAAGGUUCUCAUUUUUCUAACGACUUACUCUCCUUAUGAGUAUGUCUACAAUCAUUACUAUGCUUCCUUCUUUAAGCGUUGCGGGGAGGGCGCCUCUAGGAAGUACUCAGCGGCGUACUUCAACAUUUACGAUGAUGUUGUUUGUGCGGUAGGCGGCGUCGACGGGGAAAGUGACAACAUGGAUGGGGAAAGUGACGAUGUGGAUGGGGGAAGUGACAACGAGGAGGAACAACAACAGACGCAACAGCAGGAACAGCGUGAGGACCUGCGGGGGGCACCUGAGGAGAACACCCCAUCGGAAGUAAAUCUCGACGUACGCCUCAGCGCAGCAGGGAAAUCCACGGGUAAGAGAACGUACGAACAGUUUUUCCAAGUGAAAAAAGAACCCGGAGAGAGAAAAUCGAUACUGAAGAGGAGAAGCAGCUACACGGGGGGCAACAGUGAAGUGCAGGCGGGUAGGAAAAUGAAGAAACAUGAAAUGGAUAAUGUCGAAUUGGAGAAGCGCAAAUGGGAGGAAGUGCCUGCACCCGUUUUGGUAACGGAGCAAAGUUCCAACGUAAGGAAAGAGAACUGUAAUCCCGCUCAUGUGGACAGCCCUGUUGAAGCUGCCAAGGAGGAAGCGCAGCUUAAGCAGGAAAAUGCAACUGCUUCGGAGGUGGUAAAUAGAUCAGCAGAGGAGCAUCGGAAGAGACCGCCCCCAAAUGAGGCAGUCCAAAAGGGUGGCGAUGCAAAUGCAGCAUCCAAUGGUGAGUCACUACAAGGUAAGAACGAAGACGGUCCAGCAACACACCCAGUGGAGAAGGCUCCCACAAGCGAAACGUUCCCUCCGCAAAGUUGCAACCCGCACAAUUCAAACGCAACUAACAUUGCAGAUGAUAUGCUCGAACUGAGAACCGAAGUGAUGUCGUGCGAUGAAGUAAAAAGCAGCAUCUUCAAAAACGUUAGGAGCAAAAAAAAAUUGAAAAUAAAUCCAAAAAGUAAAAAAAAAAAAAAAUAUUAUUUUUACAGACUGUUUCAAAAAUUUAGAUUAACUUACAACACUUUUUUGAAAUACACCCAAAACGAAAUAUACCAGAUAUAUCAGAUCAUUCAUGGGAACUACUCUGACGCAACGAAAGACAAACUACUGCUAGCCCGAGUGAACAGCAACUUGGCGGCGUCUCUCAUUUACAGAUAUGUCUACAUUAAUGUGUAUGAGCAUGUGAAUUCUUCACGCGUUAAUUUGCUUUACCCGAAAUUUAUUUUACUCAAGUACAUCGUCGACAAGUACCCGCAGAAGCGGCACCUCACGCUGCACUUUCUGAAGGAGCUGUACACGUAUAUAAUCGAGAAGGAGGAAUCCCUGCAAGAGUUCGUCGAGCUGCGGGAAAACCUAAUCCUCUUCUUCGUCUAUUUGGUGCGCUUCGAAAAUAUGUUUUGCUAUGUGGUGGCCGUGAUCAAGUCGAUGGUUCCCCUGCUGGACAAGGCCCUCAUCAGACUGUUUAUCAUCAAGACGCUGGCCUUCUGCGCUCCUCCAUACGACUUUAAGUUUUGCGAGUGCCUCCUGAACUUUAUUCACUUCGUCUUGAAAAAAGAGGGCGUCUACUACAAGAACGAGUUCAAAAGGGCUAUACAUAAAUUCCUGGAUAACGUGGUGGAGAUGCACCACAUGUACCAAAGUUUGAAGACGAAGGAGCUUUCUAUCCUGUGCACCAACAUCAUGGAGCAGAUAAAGCAGGCAGAAAUAGACCCAGCUGUGCGCUGA